UGUCACAAUUUUACGAGGUUCUCGACAUCCCGUCGUCGUCGUGCAGUCGAUUAGAACAGCUGUUAGAGAACAUAGCUUUAGUGGAAUCGAACUGACCAAAUGAUAUUUUCCUUAGUGCUGAGUUUUAGAGAGUCAUGAAAUAUCCUCUUCAAUGCAGGUAAUUCUAGAGGCAUCAUCAGACUCUCCUAUAGUCAUUGAAACUUCACCAAAAGCUACUAUUGCUACACUUAUUUCCAGUUACUGCACAAUAAAAGAUGUGGCCUAUAAUUCUGGAUGGAUGAUUAUUGAUGAUAAGGAAAGGGCUUUGCCACAAUUCAGUACUUUAGCAUCCUUAGGAAUAGUAGAUGGGCAAAUUCUGAAAAUUUCUUAUAAAGGACAAUCAUUUCUAUCAAGAGAAAAAUGGCCUUUUAUGAUUGCAUUAGCUGCCUUAAUUAUAUGUGUUGCUGGAAUUCUAGUCAUUUCCAUGAUUUAUGGAUUAACAGGAGGAAAAUAUCCCGAUGAUUACGGCGUCGUUAUGGAUGCUGGAUCUACAAAAACAAAUACACUAUUAUAUUCAUGGAAAAGCAAUAAACAUAAAGGAACUGGCUUAGUAACCCAAGCUACAAAUUGCUUUGCCAAAGGUGGAAUAGCUGAAAUGGAUCCAAUGCAUCUUGAACCUGUAAUAAAUUGUGCCAAAUCUGUUACAAAGCGUGUUGAUCCAAGUGUAAGAAGCAAAACUCCUUUGUUUUUUGCUGCAACAGCUGGAAUGAGGCUUCUCAAUUUAACUAAUCCAGAUCGAGUCGACGAAAUAUUGGAACAACUGAAUUUGAAUUUGACAAAAACUGGUUUAUCUGUGGAAGCUAUAGAAAUCAUUUCAGGGAAAGAUGAAGGAAUUUAUGGUUGGAUUGCUUCGAAUUUUCUUCGAAAAACGUUAGAGACCCCCCAGAAUCCUGAUUCAUGGGUGCCUACUACAUAUGGAUCUUUGGAUAUGGGUGGAGCAUCUAUGCAAAUUACUUAUGCUUUACCAAAAGAUGAAGCAGAAAACGGAACUGAUGUAACAGAACUUGAACUGUAUGAAACAACUCAUUACUUAUUUUCUUUCAGUAAUUUGUGUUUUGGAAGACAAGAAGCUGAAAGAAGACACAGAUCAUUAUUAGUAACGGACAUUACAAAGAGGAAUUAUACGGAUCCUUGUUCCCCAUUUGGUUAUGAAUACGCAGUUUUAGGAAGAGAAUUGUUUGAACGUCCCUGUACAAAAAGCAAAAUUUUUGAUGCACAAAUCAAGGAAGAUCCAAGUAUAUUAGAUAAAAAUUUUACUUUCACUGGUACAAGCAAGCCAGAUAGUUGCAAAAGUGCUGUUUCCAAACUUUUAGAUAAUGAUCUUUGUAAAGAAAAAGGAUUUAAAGAAUGCUUCAGAAGAACACAUAAUAUUUCUAACAAGAAUAAAUUUUUGGCAUUUGCAACUUACUAUUUUACAACAAGUUUCUUGAAUGUAACUAAUACAACAUUAGAAAAUUUUAUAAAAGUAGCUGAAGACUAUUGCUUGAAAAAUGAAUCAGAGGUUGAAAAGAUUACGGAAGAAGAUUACGGAAAAGAAUAUUGUUUUAAUUCACAAUAUAUUCAGGAAGUCUUAACAACAGGAUUUGGUUUCACUCCAACAACAUGGAAAAAUAUUGAAUUUGUAGGAAAGAUUGAUGGAAAAGACGUUGGUUGGUCCUUAGGGUACAUGAUUAAUGCAACAAAUAUCAUUCCAGUCAAAGAUAAAACGCCAAAACUCAUAUCUGCAACUGCAUUAGCAGUUUGUCUUGUUUUAUUCAUAAUGAUUGUAGUUGGUGCAAUUAUAUUCAUUCUAAGGAAUCGGGAUCGGGCAGAUUACAACAGUGCCUGAACUCUCAUUUGUUUCAUCAAACUGUCACUUUAUAAAUGGAAUGUAUUCAAAAGAAGCAUUAAAGAAGCCUAAAACCAAUAUAAGAAGAAAAAAAAUUUCUUCAAUAUUUCUUUCAGAAACUGAACAGUGAAAAGAUAGCAAAUUAGGACGUUUAAAAUAUUUUGAAAACCUUCUUUCUUCAAAUUCACCAUUAUUAUGCCAUGAGAGAUUUUAAAGAUUUACUUGUGAAGUUUACAAAAUAAAACAGAAAUAUUUA